GCAAUACAAAUUAUAAAUAAUUCCAUGCAACUGUGCACAGAAACUCGCAAAGCAGAAACUCGCAGAACCGGAAUACAGAUUACAGCAUUCUAUAGUUCGAAUAUAAUUGAUAAAUGUAGUCGAAUGGAAAGUUUACGCUUCACAAUAUAUACUAUCACGUUGUUAAGAUAGCUUAAGCUACACACUCUAUCAGAGUUAUUAUCAAUGUCUCUAACUUUUGAGUGCCGCCCGUCCGAGACCAGAGACAAUCGGUCGUUUAGUCCCGGACAAAACUACUACUCACGCGCCACGCUGUUUGCGGACGCACAGCAACAACGAAUGAAGUCACCUACUGUUUUGAAACGGUCUGUGGACGGAGGCCCUGGUGUGCAUAGCAGUGCGAAGCGAGUGCACCGGGAUACUAAAGUUGCACCUGUGGAUCGUAUCCACCUAGACUCGAUUCCCACUGCGACGUAUUUCUCGUUGUCUCGAGCUCAGCCUGUAGCAGAUUCGAACCACGUUUGCUCGGCGUUCCUGCCGUGCUUAACGUGCAUGAACAAAGAAAUACCCGAAUGCAAUUGAAGUGAAUUAUUUGUAUAGUUACACCUCUGAGAAUGAGGCCACGUACGUGACGAGAUCUGCGUUGAUCGAGACUGAGUAUGGUUUGUGUUGAUCACUAAUAUUGAUAGUGAUCACUUGAAAGUGGUUUGUAUUGAUCGCUACUAUUGGUAGCGAUCGCUUGAAAGUGGUUUGCAUAUUGCACUACUCGAUACCAUUUAUCCCUAAGCCAGACGUGCUUGCUGGUUAGAAAUUUUUACGUUUUUCAGAUUGACUUGUAGUCAACUAUUACGGCCGGUUCAGUAGCGGAGCACCCACUUCACUCUCAUGCGUAUGAGGCGUGCUUGUGGUGGCUGUAUCCACACCACGAUCCAGCAUGUAAAGUAUAACGCCACCGACUAUAAACAAGAUCGACACCCAGUCGAGGAAGAUCAUCUCUUGACCCAAAAGUACGUGCAUAAGCAGCACUUGAGUACCGAACUUUGCCAUGUUACUCACUGCGAAAGUGAGGGGAGAGGUUACUUGCAGCAGAUCGGCCAUGCAGAUUGAUACCACACCGCCCAAGAAGCCGUUGAGACAAAGACGAAUCCAGAAGCUCAGUGUGAAGGCCUGUGUAACAACGCGUACGAUAUCACGGCAGAAUUAGAAGAAUUCAAAUUAUUCGAGCAAAGAAUUGCGGCAAGUUCUUCUUUAAGGAAACAAGUCUUGCAGAUACAAAUCAGUAUUGUAUAUUAUAGCAAGAGUCUUUCUGUCGCAAGUCGGAACAAGCGACACUAGGCCAACAGUCUUGCCCAGUCAUCUCCCUAAUAAAAUCAAAUGAGUGAUA